AUGAAUUUGCGAGAGUUACUCAAGAAGUACGGUAAUAACGUCGGUUUGCACAUGAAGGCUGUUCGAAGCUAUGCCCAUCAACUGCUCAUGGCUCUGCGACUGCUGAAGAAAUGUGGUCUUGUCCAUGCCGACAUUAAGCCUGAUAAUAUUUUGGUAAACGAAUCCAAACUGGUACUGAAGCUAUGUGAUUUCGGAUCAGCUGGCCACGUACGGGAUCAGGAAAUCGCUCCAUAUCUCGUCUCCCGAUUUUAUCGAGCACCGGAAAUCAUGCUGGGCAUACCUCAUGACUACGGUAUUGAUUUGUGGUCUAUCGCCGUUACUAUUUAUGAAGUUUACACUGGGAAAAUCAUGUUUCCAGGCAAGAGCAACAAUCAUAUGCUUAAGGUCUGA